ACCUUGGAUCAUCUUGGAUUUACGAAUCUGGUGGCACGGCAGUUCCUCCGCCAAGCCGAGUAAAAAUGUAAGUAUCAAUGAAAACUUUUUCAAUCAAGACCUUUAAAAAUCAAACUGGCAGACCUUAAAUCUAUGGCAUUGACAUUGUCACUGACAUUGUCACACGUCAUACCCACACACACGUCUAUAAUCUAUAUAGUACAAUAUUUUCAAUAAUAUAAUUUAUAAUAUAUUGAUCAUUAAAUGCCGGCAAAUACGUGUCAGUGCUAUGAGGAGCCUAUCCGCAAUUAUUACUGCUACUAUGACACACCCGAAGGAGUCGAUAUAGAUAAAAAAAUGAUGGUGACCGCACGUUAUGGGGUGAUAGCAGGACUUGUCUUAUCCACGUACGACGUCCUUCUGCACUCGCACGCUUCGGGGCUGGGCCCCAUAUUGAAGAGGUAUGCGGUGCACACAAUACCGCUGGGCCUGAUGGGAGCCACGUUCGCUGGUGUUGCCAAUGGCUUGACCAUAUACAGGCAGAAGGAUGACGUGUACAACUAUUUCUUAGGAGGGUUCGCCUGCGGCCCAAUCCUCGCGCACUACCUCGGUUCCAAGCAUGCCGUGCUCCUCGGCGGUAUAGCCCUGGGCAUAGCGGGCGUGAUCAAGAAAAACGCUAUUGAGAACUGCUAUACCCUGACUCCGAACCCGACUCCUCACAGGAAUAAUGCUUGGAAGUGGAGGAAUGACUGGACGCUUGCUGAGGACCCGUUGAAAGAACAAUUAAAACUCUGUGCUGAAAAGCAUAAACAUGGAAGUGAGUAUUGCAAAAAGUGACCGGACGGAACGAAGGCGAAACAAAGUUGAAUUAGUAGAAAUUACAUAAUUUGUUAUAUAAUUAUUGAAAUAAUAAUACUUUUACUUG